GUUCGCUCAGACGAGAAGCCACAGACCACAAUUAUUUUAUUUGACUAUUAAGUCUAUUAAAAUUAUCAAUUUUAUUUUAAUAAUCAAUAUAAAAAGAAUCCUGAAGAAAUAUUUGGACCACUAGUCAUUCGUAUCUUUGUUGCACGGCAAUGUAACUUACAAAGAUGAGAAUUUUCCCUACUUUGUGUCUUUGUACGUUGUAUGUACCGAAUAUGAGUGGCUCUAUGUAGCUGGUUCUAUCAACAUUCAAAUUGUUUGAGCUGAUCUUUUGCUUUUUUUGAGAGAAAGGAACAAAAAUCGUCGGCCUUUUGUUCUGAUAACCUCUGUUUUAGAAAUCAUUGAAUUCUGAAUAUGACGUUAAAGAAUAUUUACCGUGCUCAAACAAACCGUUUCAACUUGAGUGAUGAUGUUAGUACCAGUGAAGAUGAUGGUGGUGAAUCAGGAUCGAAUGAGGUUAUAGUUGCAUGUAGUCAUGAUGAACCAUUAAUACCACCACGUCAAAAACAUAAAAUGUAUCAUGUUCGUGGGAAGAUAAAAACAAAAUCUGGAAACUUCACAUGGAUUGUGUGUUUUAUUUUAACUAUUGUGUGUGUUGUUGGAGUGUUGUUAAUUCUGGUUGAUCAGAUCCUUGGGCAAGCUCAUUCUGGUCAGAACAAAGUAAAUACUGACCAUAAAAUGGCUUCAGUAAGAAGCAAUAACAGUCAUUCAAAUGUCAAGCCUUGUAGUUCUUUUACUUCAAAAGAAAUAUGGCAUCACAUUAUUCCAAAAUUAAUGACAGAAACAGCAAUUAGACAAAAUGAUGUCAACCAAGACAAUGUUCCCGAUAUCUUGAUUGGAUUUAUGACAGUGUUAGAUGGGUAUUUUGUUGGUGGUCUUCCAAGGAAAGCUUGUGAUAUUUAUUUUAAUGGAUCAUUUCCAUGCUUUGGUGGAAUUUUAGCCCUAGAUGGCCGCACAGGUCAAGAGUUGUGGCGUCAUUAUACAAUACAUGAAGUAUUUGCUGUCAACUGUAAUGCAGACCUUGAUUCUGAUGAUGUUCGUGAUUGUUUAAUUUCUGGACGAGUUGGAGUGUUUGAGGCAAUCAGUGCUCGGCAUGGUACAUUGUUAUGGAGGUUUGGUAAGGAUGACCCGGGAUAUGAAGAGAUAAUGGGAAUAUACACGCCUCAGUUUGUACGAGAUCUUGACGGAGAUGGUGUCCUAGAUAUACUUGCAACUCAUGGUGGUGAUCCACUCAGUGAGCCAAACAGUAAGAAAAGAUUGGUUGGGAAAUUAUUUUUAUUUUCUGGCAAGACAGGCAACAUCUUGAAAUGGCAAAAUGUUCCAGACAAGCACGAGACAUAUUUCUCUCCUGUUGUCUAUUCAUUAUUGAAUGGAACUGACAUUGCACUCUUUGGAACAGGUGGUGAAACCCACCCAGGUUCAUUGUGGGCUAUUGAUGUCAUUGAACUGUACCAUGGAAAUAUUAAUCGUGCCGUGGUAGUUUACUCUGAUAACUACAAAGGAAUAAUGGUUCCACCAGUUUUAGCAGACAUAAAUAAGGAUGGGACAGUUGAUAUAAUAAUGGCUAUGUUUAAUGCCACUGUUGUUGCUUUUGAUGGAGAAACGUUUAAGAAAAUUUGGCAACAUUCUUUUCCUGGUAGUGAAACAUAUAGCACACCGGCAGCUGGUUAUUUUAAUGAUGACGACACUCCUGAUUUCUUUGUUCGUUAUAAUCGCGGAAAAGGUUUUCCGUUGUACUACUAUUCUGAGGUGGCUGUACUUGAUGGUAGAACUGGCAAACCAUUGACACAACCAUACUUCAAGAGUUCCGUAAUGUCCAAUGCGUCACCGCUAACCAUAAGUAUGACAGGCGAUGGUAAUGACGCGUUCGUCUUCUGGAUUGCGGACUGUGUUGGAAAUGAAGGAAAGGGAGACUGGUUCGACUUUGUGGAAGGAACAAAUGUCCAUGAACAAAGCAGAGCUGAUACCUGUAAAUUAAGAUAUAACACAAAGAGUUUUAGUCGAUUGUCCGUCAUGAACAAGCGCACUGGCUUUCCCGGACAUACAAUUUAUGACUCCUUGGAGAAUGAAUGGUUAGAACAUGGUUUAUCCCAGCACAAGAAAAAUAUCAGAAAACGAAAGAGACGCCAUGUUGGGCCUCCAGAUCACGGUGGAUUUCAAAGACUUAUUCAAACUGGAAGAAUCAGUGCAGCGUUUUCUAACAACCAAUCAGAAACCCCUAAAGGAAUCGACGUCAUGAUGGUGACGUAUUGGAUGUAUCCUGCUAAAGUGAGGAUUAUUACUGACAAAGAGAAAGAAUGUAUUGAACACUAUCGAAAUCUGAGUAGACAAGGAAAAUUUGAUAAUGCAGUCAAUAUCACAAAAAAUAUGAACGAAGGAAACUACGACGAAGGUGACGCUGCCACAAACUUAUGUCUAAAGAAAAAACAAGAUCAGGAAACAUUCUACAUCAGCCAAAAGAACUAUGAUUUUAACUCAUUGAGAUUUGGUAAUCUUACUGUGUAUAGGUUUAGGUUAGAAUGCCAAUGUGAUCCUUCAGAAACAUGCAGUGAUUUUCUUCCCAUUGAUAAACAAGGUUGGGGAGGAUAUAUGGGUACAUUAGGUAAUUCUUACUUUAUCCCUAGAUAUAAGUGAUAUCUAUCCAUCGCCCUAUCAAAAUACCUCUGAUUUCAAUCAUGCACCUGUGAAUAGCAUACGCACUAGUAAUAUUCCUUGAAUUAACCACGCAAUUAUAUGAAAUAAACACUCAAGCAUAAAGAUUCGUGUGGUAGAGUCUACUGUGAGGCUAUCAUGUUUUCUCACUAAGAAGUCAAAUUAUGACGACCGCCGACAAUAAAUCGAACGUGCGCGACUGCGCGUAUCCCACUCAGUGAUCCAACUGAUUCACUGCAAUCGCCAUGCUAACUGCAGGGAGUGUAGUUAUUUAAGUGUAAAAAUGUGUUGGUAUUUAUGGUUUGGGGAUCGCGUUCAUUCUCUCCCUCACAUUUUGCCCUCAUCAUAGUCGAUAAAGCGCAAAAAAUACAGCCUGGCUUGAUAUCGUCCGACGGUGUAAACGAAGAUGAACAACAAACAGUCGGAACAAACCCGUCCCCAGGCCAGGGACUUCUGAAAGAUUCCAGGAUAAUUCUGCAGUCUAAUUUUCCUAAUGAGCCGUGAUAAAAUAAGUUGAGAUAAUAUAUUUAAGAAAAAUAAAUUUUCAUA